AUGAAUCUCGAAGUACCACCAACAUAUCAGACACCAAUCCAACAACUACCACCUUAUGCAACGGCUAUUCCAUCAGCACCAUAUUCGAUACCUACACAACAACAACCAUUUCCUGUCAAUAACAAUCAGAGUAAAAGUUUAACCUUAUUUUUAUACGAGAGUGUAAGAAUUCUCUUUUUAGAUUUAUCAACAAACUAUCUAACAGGUGCAGGAGCACUGACAUCUAACAGCUAUAAAUGGCCACGUAGAUCGGUUGUGCUUGUUUGUCCACGAUGUGGUGCCACAGUAGAAACACGUUUAGAAUUAGAAAUUACAACGAUUACUUUUAUUGGGUUUGUGAUCUUAUGUUGUUUCACCUGCAUUUUGGGCUUGCUAGCAUUUUGGUUGCCAGCAUGUAAAAAAGUAACUCAUUAUUGCCCCUAUUGUAAUAGUGCUUUAGGUAUACGACAUGAAUUACGUUAA